AUGGAGCGGCCGGCGCCCUCCGAAGUGUACAUGAGCCAGACCAUCCAGCCGGUGCACGCCAACCCCCGCGGCGAGCUGAGCGCUGGGCAGCUGCUCAAGUGGAUCGACACCGCCGCCUGCCUGGCAGCUGAAAAGCAUGCUGGGAUUUCCUGUGUUACAGCUUCAGUGGAUGACAUACAAUUUGAGGAGACUGCUAGAGUUGGACAAGUUAUAACCAUCAAAGCAAAAGUUACUAGAGCAUUCAGCACAAGCAUGGAGAUCAUUAUCAAGGUCAUAGUACAGGACAUGUUCACUGGCAUUGAAAAAAUUGUUUGUGUGGCUUUCUCUACAUUUGUAGCCAAACCAGUUGGAAAAGAAAAGGUUCAUUUAAAACCAGUCACACUUUUGAGUGAACGAGAUCAUGUGGAACACAAUCUGGCCACUGAAAGAAGGAAAGUUCGAUUGCAACAUGAGCAUAACUUUAACAGCUUAAUGAAGGAAAGUAGCACGUUUGAUGGUCACCGCCUCUGUGGAGGACGCUGUCUUCUGAAGUCUGUGGACAUGUUUAAGUUCCGAGGACCGUCUACAGUUGGAGAUCGUCUUGUCUUCAAUGCCAUUGUCAACAGCACAUUUCAGACCUGUGUUGAAGUUGGAGUGCGCGUGGAGGCCUUUACCUGUCAGGAAUGGUCUGAAGGCUGUGGCCGGCACAUCAACAGUGCUUUUCUUAUUUAUAAUGCCGUUGAUGAUAAGGAAGAGCCUGUCACGUUUCCCAGAAUCAAACCCAUUUCAAAGGAUGAUUUUAGAAGGUAUCAUGGAGCAAUUGCACGUAGGAGAAUUCGCCUUGGCAGAAAAUAUGUUAUUUCCCACAAAGAAGAGAUUCCACUUUUCGUGCACUGGGAUAUAAACAACCAGACAAAAAUAUAUACUUUGGAGGAGUACAAUGUUUUAUGUGUUUGGGUUGAAAAGCAUGUGGGAAGACCAGCACACUUGGCGUAUCAUCUCUUGUCUGACUUUACAAAGCGACCUUUGUGGGACCCCCAUUACAUGUCCUGUAAAGUCAUAGACUCAGUGGAUGAAGACGAUCAGAUAUAUUACAUCACCUGUCCUGUAGUGAAUGGUGACAAACCCAAAGACUUUGUAGUACUUGUAUCACGAAGAAAGCCUCUCAGAGAUGGGUGA